AGAGAGUCUCCCUCCGCGAGGACCUGGGGAGGCGGUGGGCGUGGCUGUAAAAGGCGCCAUCCUAUCGGAAGCAGGCGCCCCGGCGCCCCGCCCUCCUCCCUCAGCGAGAGAGACGGCCUGCAGGCUCCUUGGCAACGGACGCAACCACCAAGGACCCGGAAGCAAAACCAGGGGAAGGCGGAAGUACUUCUGAUCCCGGCAGUUGGACUCUGAGGGAAACAGGAGGAUGGAGCGGCUGCCGGUGGCGACUUUUCUGACGGUGCUGCUCUCCUUCCUGGCCUCUGGGCCGAGCCUGCUGCGGUGGGGCGCGGAGCGGGGCCUGCCGGGAGACCUUUCUUCCGCCUUUUCGCUGCGCCCCGAGGCGGUGCUGGAGGGGCAGGGUGAGGCGGUGGGACACCGACCCCCCUCUCUUUUCGACGGGUGGGGGAGUUAUUGCCAAAAUGGGGGGUAGGGUCUUUGGGGGUCCUGAGUCAAGGGAGGAGAAACUGGGGACUCCUACGCUAAGGGCUGAACCUCAGUGGUUAAAGCAGUGUUUCCCAACAUUUUUUUUGGCCAUGCCCCGCCUAAGCAUCUCUCAAAUCCUGAUGCUUCUAUUCACGUGGAGGAAGCCUAAAAGGCCAUUCACUGUUACUAACUCAUUCUCGAAUUGCUCCCCUUAGAAAUCAAAUUACCCCCCUGUGGGGCGUGUGCCCCACGUUGGGAACCACGGGGUUAGAGCAUCUGUUUUGCAUGUCUCAUGUUCAGGACUCAACCGCAUGUCCAGUGAGGGCUGGGGAAAAGAGCAUGGUGUGAAACCUUGGAGAGCUACACAAGAUUGAGUUAGGUGGGCCAAUAGUCAGCAUAAGGCAGCUUCCUAUGUUCCUCUUUAAACCAGCCCUUUGUUUAGAAUAAUGUGGACUGGAGCUUUCCUUUGCUUUUAAGUAAAAGCUCAGGGGCAGAGCACCUGCUGUGCAUGCAGAGAUUCCAGGUUCAGCCCCCAAUGACAUCUCCAGAUAGGGCUGCAAGCGUCCGCCAGUUUGAAACCCUGGAGAACCACUGCCUGUCCGUGUGGGCAACAUUGAGCUCGAUGGACUUACCCAGUGUAAGUCAGAUUACUGUGUUGCUUCUUGUGUAGGGACAGGAUAUCUUUUACCGACAUGGCAUUUUCCUCCCAUCUCAGUAUAUAGGCUGGUGACCUACAUCUGUGUAUAUGAGGAUGUGAUCUCCUUGGUAUGUGGCGCCAUCAUCAUUUGGUACUUCGCUGGCAGCUUUGAGAAGACUGUGGGCACUGUGAGACACUGCUUCCUCACUGUGGCCUUUGCCAUUUCCUUAGCUUUGCUCUACCUGAUGCUCUGGGCUGCCCUUUCCAGGCUCUGGGAAGUGGCAGAUGCCAAAGGCUUUGUGCCUGUAGCUUUUGCCAUGCUGGCUGCAUCCAUUGCCCGCUCCCGGAUGAGGAGGACACUGCUGUUUGGGGUCAACAUCCAUGUGGCACUGGUGCCGUGGGUCCUGAUUUGCGUGGCUUGGCUUAUUCUAAGUUCCUCUCUCCUAGGGAACAUCUGCGGCCUCUUAAUUGGAGACAUCUGUAUCCUUUUGAAUAGAUUCCCAUAAGCCAGUUUGGGCAAAUGCUGAAUGGGGCCCUCCAAACCUCUUUAUCUGGCCAUUAGGACCCUCUCCUGGUCAAAAUUGAAUUUGGUUAUUGUGAACUAGGACCUGGAAGAGACCAGGGUUUAAAUUCCUGAAUCUGCUGUAAAUCAGGCUCCUGAUCUUGGGCCAGUCAGUCUCUCAGUCUGUCCAACCUCCCAGGGUCACAGUAAGGAUUGAGGGGCCUAUGGGGAGGCUGAGCUAGAGGAGUAUAAAAUAAUGCACCAUAGGGAGACAGCCUGGGCUCUUUUUCUAGCUCUUCCUUAACUACUUGCCAAACUCAGAUGGUUAUGGCUACUGCUUUGGUGCAGAUCUCCCUGAAUCAACAGUCUCUCGUCUGGAUAAAAAGUUCCCUUUCCGCCUGCUGAAGAGAAUACCAGGAAUGAAGUAUGUUCCAGGAUCUAUAGCAGAGAGAAGGGCUUCUCAAAGCAGGAAGUAAGUAUGCCCAUCCCAGUAUGGGAGUCAUGUGCUCGAUUGGCUUUAGAUAAGAACAUAAAAACAUAUGAAUAGCUCUGCUGGAUCAGGCUAGUGGCCUAUCUAGUCUAGCCAGAUGCCCCAAUGGGAAAUCCUCAAGCAGGACCCAAGCAUUAGAGCCCUCUCCCCUCCUGGGGUUUCCAGCAACUGGUUUUCUAAGCAUUGCUGCUUCCAACUGCAGAGGCAAAGCAUAGCCAUCAAGGUUAAUAUAUAUUGAUAGCCCUCUCCAUCAAGUUGUCUACUAAAUCCAUCUAGGUUGCUGGCCAUUACUUCUUCCUAUAGGAGCAAGUUGCUAUUGUUUAACUAUGUACUGUGUGAUGAAGUCAUUUAUUUUAUCUGAAAUGACGCCUCUCUUUUUUCAGGCUAAACCCAGCACCCGGUUCUUACCCCACUCAGAGCUAUCACAGCUCCUCUCCUCCCUCCUUGCUUGCUGUUCAUAUGCAACACCCCAGUACAUGCCCUCCUGGAUCUCAGCCGCAGUGCAUGCCCGGUCCUGUGCUGAAUCAGUGCACUGGUUCCCUUGGAGGGUCAUGCAUCCAGCACCAUUUCCAAUCUCCGCCAGGAUCCAUCUCGCAGCAUUUCAGUGGGUCUGACUCAGGGGGACCCAAGAGGACAGAUUGCUCCAGUGUCCCCCAUGCACCUGGGUUUCCAGCUGCAGGAGCAGCGUCAGAAUCAGCAGAGCUUUGCCGAGUUCACGUAGGGUGAAAUUCCUGUAUUCUACUGCCUGCAAUUCAUGUGAGGAUUGGCAAAGGUUUUCCCUCCAAGAUGGGAGUCUCCUCCAGGUGGAUGAAGGAUUUUUAAAGUCCUAAACAGCUUCAAUUCAGUGUACCAAAGAAACCACCCUCUCUCCAUGUCUUGUGGCAUCCCCUUACAAUCAGAUGAGGGUAUUCUCUCUACUCGAUCAUCAGUGUAACACAAAGAGCUCCACAAAUUCAGGGCUCCAUCUCCUUGUUAUACCCAAGCUUGAGCAAUCUUACAAAAUGAUUUAAUGUGGUUUUAUCUUUUGAGAGGGUGGCUGGCUGGGCCAGGACUGGUAAAUUUCUACUGUGCCUUUUCUGUAUAUGUGUGUGUUGGCCUUGAAUCAUUAUGAACCCUGAACCCUUGAAUGGGGCAUCCUACGCAUGUGAUUUAUUUCAUAAGAGUAUGGAAAGGUGGCAGCUAGUACCUGCUUGAAAGCAUGGUGUCUUGAGGUGAGCUUUCUACAGGACUUGGGUCUGCAACCACAGACACCCCGAAUCAGGGACUGUAGCCUACAGCUCUGAUUUAUUUUUUACAGGUAUGUUCAUUUGGGUUUGGGGUUAUCUUGCUACUGAUAAAAAUCAUUGUGACUUUGUAUGAAAUAAUGCUGGUUUGCUUACAGUUCUGGGAAGGGCUAUAGCUCAGUGGUAGAGCUCCCGCUUUGUUAAAAAAAUGUUCAAUAUUCAGUCUCUGGUAUCUCAAAAAAGACUGGGUCGCAGGUGAUGGAGAGCCUCAUCUAGUCAGAGUAGAUGUGGUCAGGCAGACAAGUACUCUGACCCUGCUAGAAUGCAGCUUCCUAAGUUCCAUGAAGUGAGGAAAGGGGAGAGAGGAGACUUCAGUCUUAUCCCAAAACAUACAUAAACCAAAUAUAUCUUCUACAAAGAUCACUGUGGCUGUUUCCAGUCACCCUGUGCCUCACAGGGGGACCUAUGUGCCCUGCUCAGUGCCAGCGACGCAACCAAUUUUAUUUUAUAUUUUUAAGCCAGUGGGAGAACAGUCAUUAUAUCUUCUAUGUCCCAGGAGGCCUUGGCAGAGGCUAAGCUGCACAAGCCAUUCAGAUCUGCAUCCCAUGACAGUUGCAAAUUGCAAAUAUCAAAAUCCUCUCCCUUGUUUCAUUUAAAAUCCAGCCUGAUGAGCAGUUCUGGAGGUGUUGAACGCUUCCUUGCGCCUAGCUGGAGAGGUUACCGUCUAUCAGGGUGCUGUAGCAGGGGGAUGGACUAGAUGACCUGCAAGGUCCCUUCCAAGCUUGGGAUUUGACUUUAUGACACUUCGGCUGGUCCAAAUAAAGUGAUUGCCAUACUGUGGUUUAUGGAUGUCUCCUCCAAUUUUUGUGUAGAAACCUCUCAAGCUAGCUGGUUCUUUAGUAUGAUGGUGUGGAGGCUGGUUGCUGGCUGGGAGGUGUACUGCUGGGGGAGCUGGCUGUGUGCUGUCUGACCAUAUAUCAGCUGUGCUGGACAUUUUCAGUCCCCAGAUUCAACACCUGAUGUCGCAGAGAUGGGGAGAAUGAGGCAUUAUCCCAUCCUUUCUUUUGAAUGCUUUGGACAACUGAUUGGUUUUCCCUAGGUCUGACAUUUCCUCCAGGCAACAGAGGUUAUGACGAGACAUAAUAAAUCUUUUAAAAAUGGACAGC